UCAGCUGGACAAAUUUCUUAUUUUGAUUCCAUUCCAUGUUGUUCUUUGGCUUGGGCAGAGACCAGAUUUUCACAGCUGAGGAGCUGUUGAACUAAACAUGUUUAGGCAAUCACCAAGUAGGAAUCAGAGACCCAAAGGGUUCAAGGUUAAACAUAUUCUCCAAAUAUGUGUAUUGCUUGCCAUUUGCAUCUGGUUGCUUUACCAAGUCAAACACUCCCACGAUAAGAAAAAGGAAUUUGAGAACACUAAAAAAAUCUCAGAGAAGGUAGAAAGUGGGCAUGAAAUCAUUAAACUCGGAAGAAAGGACCUCCAUCCACGUGUGGAGGAAUCAGCUUCGGAGACUGAGAGUCAAAAUGAAGAAGAAACCGAAGAAGAAGAAAACAAGCCUGAAGAAGAUGAAAACAAGCCCGAAGAAACUGAAGAAGAAGGACGAGAUGGUGGAGAUGAUGAGAUAGAUGAACAUGAUCAAGAGAGAGCAGACGAGGAAGCUGAACGUGGAGAAGAUUUCUUUGAUGAAGAAGAAAAGGACAGGGAAGAGAAAGAAAAUGAGAAGGAAGAACAGAAUGAUGAUAGCGGUUCAUCAGAGGAUCAGGAUCGUGAUGGAGGAGACAGGAUUACUCAGGAAGCACGAGAGGAGAAUUAUAAGGGUGAUGAUGCUUCCAGUGCUGUGGUCCGGGAUACCCACGAAAUUGAAGAUUCAGGGGGCUCAAACAUGGAAGGGCAAGUAGAGAAUGUAGGAAACAAUGAGUCAGAGCAGGAAAAUACAUCCCACAGUAUCGAGGAAGUCACUGCCAAUGAGAAUGAUUCAAGCCCAAAGAUGGGAGAAGAUGAAAAAGUUGUUGCUAAUCCUUCUGUAAAUGCUACAGCGACUGAAGAGAAAGUGGGAGAAGAUGAAAAAGUUGAAGUUAACCUCUCUGCAAAUGCUACAGCCACUGAAGAGAGGGGUACCGAAGGAACCUUGUCUGAAUCAGAGCAUGAAACUACUUCUAAUUCAACAUUAACAACAGAAUCCAACAAUCAAAUAGAGGUGAAUGAUGACUCAACAACUGAGACCAUCACUGAUCCAACUCAACGUCAAAAUACAUCAGAGGCAAGUGGAAGACCUACUGGAGGUGACAACUACUUGCAAACUGUUGUAUCGGAGCAGAUAAACUCCAAUACAACAGAUAGGGAGGGGAAACCAGAGGCCAAUACAAAUGUUGCCCUAAACACUGAAAAUUCAGAUGUAGCCACUGGAGAACCAACCGAUGCUUCUGGUAAUUCUAGUUCUGUUGUUCCAGAAUUGCAGGCCAUGGGAGCUAAUGCAACUGCUGGAGCAGAGGAUGGAUCAUCAUCUUUGACCAUAAAUGAGAAUGCUGAAAUGGUUCAGAGAGAAAAGUCUGACAAAACUACUGGAAUGGAGGAAAAUAAGGAUGGCUCCACAUCUUCAAUGACCAAUGAAAAUGAGCAUGCAACUGCAAUUCAACAUGACACCACCGAUGCUUCUGAUUCAUCCAUCCCCCAGGAAGUGAAAGAAACUCGGACAGAUCUAGGAACCUUGCCAGAGAUCAAAACUGAAGGAACGAAUCAUGAUGAUGUGGCAACAGAGUGACAAUAACAGUAAUAGCCCUUUACUUGCUUCUUUUCUUACUGAACUAGAUGAGAAAAUAUGUAAGUUUCUUGCUUGUUUUUGUUCUUGGAACAUUAAUCAGUGUUUCAGGAGGAUGAGUAGGUUGAGUU